AUGACUGAGAUCUACCCGCUAGCGGUGCCCAAAGGGCGGAAACUAAAGUGUGAGGUGUGCGAAGCUCCGGCCGAGCGAAUGUGUGCGGCCUGCACGGUCACCUACUACUGUGGUACCGCGCAUCAGAGAGCUGAUUGGGCCAGCAUUCAUGAAAAAAUAUGCCAGCUUUUGAUCCCCUUGCGCACAACAAUGCCCUUUUACAAUUCAGAAGAAGAACGGAGGCAUGGCCGGGAGCAGCUGCUGCAGCGGCAGAUUUAUUUUGCCAGCUGUGUAUAUGGAUCAGAAGAUAUCAGAACCUCAGGAGGAUAUUUCCUCAUGGGUAAUGUUUUCAUUCACCAGAAUAAGAUGGAUAUAGCAGAUUCCCUCUACACAAAGGUAACUGAAAUCUGGCAUACAUAUUUAGAUCAACACAUUCAAAAUCAGUUAACUGCUCGCAAGAAACCAGCAGAUAUCUUGGCCAAGGAACUGGAAAAUGACACAGGUUUAGAUGAAGCCCAGGAAGCAGAAGCAGUUCACAUCCUGGAAACCAUCUUAGAAAUUCGAGAACACACAGACAAAGAUAACCCACAGAAUAUUCUCUUUAUCCUGAAAACGGUGGCAAUACUUCAUUAUCUAAUGAUGAAUUUAUCAAAGGCUCAUGAACUUGCCGUGAAAGCCUACCUUUUCUCUAAAGAGCUGCCCAAUAAAGAAGAUAUAACUGAAGCCCUUCGAGACCUACUAGGCCUCAUUGCUUCCAAAGACCCAGUGACCUUGAAAGCAGCCAAGUUCUUUGCCGGCCAGGGACAAUAG